UGGCUGCACUUAGGGCAAUGUAAGUGGGCUCCAGGUACAGUUGUAUCCCAGGGACUGUUUGUUGAAGAGAGCUAGUAUUGAAUGUAUUACUUAGAGCUGUACAGGAAGGUUUGUGAAACAUAUUUCCUGAACUCAGGAAAGAAGUAUUCCUUAAAGGUCUAAAUUUCUGUUGCUGAUUCACAAAGAUGCUUUUCAUCUUGAACUUUCUGUUCUCCCCACUUCCAACACCAGUGGUGAUCAGCCUACUAACAGUUGGAAUCACCAUCUUCCUGUGGCUCAUUAACAAACCUCGGCCAGUAUGGCCCGUUCUGGACCUGAAAAAGCAAUCAGUGGGAAUACAGGGAGGAGCCCGGCGGGGUGCUAUGCAACAAAAUAGUGAGUUGAUCAAAUGCUAUUAUUCUGAUGCCACAACAAUGUAUGAAAUUUUCCAAAGAGGACUCCGUGUAUCUGAUAAUGGGCCCUGCUUGGGAUCCAGAAAGCCGAAUCAACCAUAUAGGUGGCUCUCUUACAAACAGGUAUCUGAUAGAGCAGAGUACCUGGGGUCCUGUCUUCUCUACAAAGGACACAAGCCAUCACCAAACCAAUUUAUUGGCAUCUUUGCUCAGAACAGACCAGAGUGGAUCAUUACAGAGCUUGCCUGCUACACCUACUCAAUGGUGGCUGUCCCCCUCUAUGAUACGCUAGGGUCUGAAGCCAUAGUGUACAUUCUGAACAAAGCUGACAUUGCCACAGUGGUCUGUGACACACCCCAGAAGGCAACAGUUCUAUUGGAUAAUGUUGAGAAGCGCCUUACCUUAGGGUUGAAGAUGAUAAUCCUUAUGGACCCCUUUGAGGAUAGCCUUAAGGAAAGAGGAGAGAAGCUUGGAAUCGAAAUCUUAUCACUCUAUGAUGCUGAGGCUCUGGGCAAAGAGAACUUCAGAAAACCUGUGCCUCCUAAACCUGAGGACCUCAGCAUUGUAUGUUUCACCAGUGGGACAACAGGUGAUCCCAAAGGAGCCAUGCUGACACACCAGAAUAUUGUUGCAGAUUCUGCCGCUUUUCUCAAAUGUGUUGAGAAUUCUUUUUACCCUACAACUGAAGAUGUGACAAUAUCCUACCUUCCUCUGGCUCAUAUGUUUGAAAGAGUUGUACAGGCUGUUGUUUAUACCAGUGGUGCCAGAGUGGGAUUCUUCCAAGGAGACAUCCGGCUCUUGCCUGAUGACAUGAAAACUCUACAGCCAACCGUGUUCCCAGUGGUUCCUCGGCUUCUCAACAGGAUCUAUGAUAAGGUACACAGUGAAGCCAAGACACCAUUCAAGAAGUUUUUGUUGAAUAUGGCCAUCUCCAGGAAAUUCAGUGAAGUAAAACAAGGCAUUAUCCGGAAAGACAGCAUCUGGGACAUGCUCAUAUUUAAAAAAGUCCAGGCAAGUCUAGGUGGGAAGGUACGUGUAAUGGUAACAGGAGCUGCGCCUAUCUCCUCCUCAGUCUUGGUAUUCCUCCGAGCUGCCCUGGGUUGCCCGGUAUAUGAAGCUUAUGGUCAGACUGAGUGCACAGCUGGCUGUACAUUUUCAUCACCUGGGGACUGGACAACAGGUCAUGUUGGGGCUCCCUUAGCCUGUAAUGAAGUGAAGCUUGAAGACGUAGUAGACAUGAACUACUUCUCUGUGGAGGGGGAAGGAGAGAUUUGCAUCAGAGGCACCAAUGUGUUCAAAGGCUAUCUGAAGGACACUGAGAAAACAGCUGAAGCUCUUGACAAAGACGGUUGGCUUCACACAGGAGACAUAGGCCGUUGGUUACCAAAUGGAACCCUAAAGAUCAUUGAUCGGAAGAAGAACAUCUUUAAGCUAGCCCAAGGAGAAUACAUUGCUCCAGAGAAGAUAGAAAAUGUGUAUCUCAGGAGUGGUCCAGUAUCUCAAGUUUUUGUACAUGGAGAUAGUUUACGGUCAUCCUUAGUUGGUGUGGUUAUUCCUGAUCCAGAUGUGAUUCCUAAAUUUACAGCAAAAUUUGGUGUCCAAGGUUCCCUUCGGGAUCUCUGCCUAAAUAUGGAUAUAAAGAAGGCCAUUUUGGAAGACAUGCUGAAAAUUGGCAGAGAGGGUGGCCUCAAGUCUUUUGAACAAGUCAAAGACAUCUACAUUCACCCAGAAGCAUUCUCCAUUGAAAAUGGACUCUUGACACCUACACUGAAAGCAAAGCGGGCAGAGCUUGCCAAAUACUUUCGUAGACAAAUUGAUAAUCUAUAUGAAACUAUGGAGGGAUAGCUUGAGGUACUUCUGGCUAAAAGGGACACUGAGGCAAUCUGACUAGUCAAUAACUGUGCUAUCUUCUGUGGGGUGGAUCAACAACUUUAGGUACUAUUUUGGGUGACUUGACCCAUCCAACAACUAAAAUCUGAUGAUCUUUUCAGUGAAUAGGAAAGAUUCCUCAUCUGGGAUUUUGCCCUUUCUUCAAAUUAUGCUGCUAUUGUGGGUAUAUUUAAUAACUUCAAAGGCAUGCCCUUAAGGGCUGAGCCCCACUUGCAAAUUCAGUACAGGCUUUUUAGUCAUUGACAAUGUGACAAGCAGAAAAGCCCAUUGCUAUGUAUCAUUAUAACCUCUUCUUGUUCCUGAAGGUAAUGCUAGUUGAAUAGAAGUUCUAACAGUUGGUUGGAAAUUUAGUUGUCCGGUUACUAAAAAUCAGUGAAGUCAAAUGUUUAAGAAUGAUAGUCAGCAUAGACUUCUCUGGGAUAUUAUUAUCAAAAUAGUAGAUUUUCAUUUCUAAUUGGCUGGGCAUCAAAAAAAGAACACUUUUCUAUCCACUGUUUUUCAGGUCAGGUUUCUGGUCAAACCAGAGACCACAGUUGUGUCUGACGUUUAAAGUGCUGAGAGCACCAGCAUUCUCCAAUAAUGCCUGGCCCUUGAAAUAUUGAUUCUCAUUGGGACAUUCACAUCAAAACAUUGUCCUCCAUGUUGCUCUUUACUGCAGUAGCCUGUGACUACAUCUCCUUGCAGUGUGUUGCUGACCUGGAAGCCACAAAGAAAAAGUAUUUUUGCAGUAAACCAAACAAGUCUUAAGUAAAAACCAAUUGAACUAGGAAUGAAGAGCUACUGGCAAGUGAGAUGCUACAACUGGAGAGUGAGAAGAAACGUCUUUCACAAAGGAAAUAGCUGAUGGUAGACUAUUUAGGAUAAGACUUUAUGCAUCUCAGCUACCUGACUCACCAACAGCCAGAUUAUACAUGUUAAUUGUGUAAACAUGAACCUUGUACAAUAAAAUGUGGCAAAUAUUUAA